UCAGUCAGCUCCGACACCUGCCGUGGAUGAUAUCUCCGAUGGGUUGUGGUGGGAGCCGGGCGGACGCGAUUAUCGAGCCCAGGUAUCAUGAAAGCUGGACCAGAGAGACGGAAUCGACGUGGCUCACGAAUACCGACGUGGAGACUCCUCUCCCCGGAAUAAACAGUAAAGCUCUGGAGGCCAGUCUGAAGGAGAAGAGGAUGGUGAACACGGGGACCCAGUGUGGGAAACAGGCCCUCACCACCACCAGCUCCAACCACCAGAGAAAACCAAGACGCUCCUGCAAUGAUCAAACCUCUCGGGACUCCAAAAGGAGAUCAUCAAAGGAGGCCAGUGCUUUGUCUAAGGAUGCUCAGCCCGUCAACAUCAGCAGCAGUGGAGAUAAUGAAUCUGGACAGGCAUGUGAUGAAAGAUGAAGGCCAUUUCCUUGUUAACUUCUGUAAAGAGGGACAUGGCUAGUGCAGUGAGCAGCUCAGCAGAGGAUGGGAUGAUGGUUUACAUAGUGAUGUGGAAGAUGUGUGCUUGCGAAUCUCUAAGAUCUUAGCUAUUUUUCUUGGUGAUUUCUAGUAUAAGCAACUGCUUUCGUCUCCAUCCAAAGAUCUUGGGAUGCUGCAUCUUUGUUUUGCCAUUGCAAAUGCAUGCAGUAAAGAGUGGUUCACAAACACUGUUCACACACUCGCCAUCAUGCUUUUCUCCUAUGCUUAGGCUAUGGUGCCAUGUUCAGCGACACCACUGGAUUACAGGAACAGACUGUCCCUUAUACACAUGAUAAUCUCAGUCUGCACUUCAAAUGUUCUCUGUGUGGGGCCUUCCUCAACAAUUUGCUUCAUUUCUGUGUGCAAGAGUUCUGAAUGACAGAAACAGUGAGUGAAAAAAACAGUGGUAACACUGUUUAACCUCAGUAAAUGCUGUAAUUAUAUUACAUUUAGUUGAACCUGAAGUGCUGUUCAGAAAUCAAGAGUUAGAAGUUUAAGACACAAAGGCUGAGGGCUAUUUUUACUUGGGCCUUUGCAAAAUAACAAAACACACACCCGCAUGUGCCUAUGACUUGUCUUGUUUUAAACUGCUCCUGUGUUUUGUUCUCAGGAUCUUUUUCUUUUAUGUUAUCAUAUUACAUUGUAUUAUUUGCCCUAUUGUGUUGUAAUAUUGUGUAAUGUGUGGCUUAUAUUAAUUUGCAUGUAUCCUAUAAAUCAGUCUGGAAACUGCUGAAAAAGUUUUGUCAUUGAUCAACGAUGAUCGUCCAAACAUCACAAAAGGCAACACGCUGUUUCAAAUAUAUUGCCAAUGCCAAUAUUUUGCCCAUCCGGUUUACAUGAACACAGAAAUACUGUGUAAAGAAGUAAAACAUUUUUCUGUCAGUUAUAUUCAGGAUGGGUGGUCAUGGUAUUAGAAUGGUUUUAAUAAAGAAACUUGCUCAGUAGGUGGCGCUCCUAACCAGGUCUUUGGUGAAGGGCUCAAGUAGCUCCAGAGAAGAUGACUGUUGCUGAUUGCAAAUUUGACCAGUAAACAUUUAAGACCAAGACAGUCAGCUAAUAGAGGUAGCUCUGCUUUGCUGGAGACUAAUCAAUAGUCAAUCAAUCAGCCACAUCUUCUAAGUAAAGCAGGGGUGUUAACAGUUUGUCAAGAGGAAGGGUGAUUGUUUUUUUUUAUGAUUUAGUGAGAUGAUACCUGUGAAAUACGUAAAGAUCAACUUUGCUGAUUGAAAACACACGUUCUUUGUAUUUGAUUGUUGUCAGUUCUUUAAGUUGUUGAAAAAGCCAGAGAAAAUGUGAUGAAUGCAAUCAUAUUUCUUACAGCUAUAGAAAUGCUAUAGCAGAAGUC